AUGCCGUCCUUUUCAGACAGUUUUUGGACGUCUGGGUACUCGACUGGAUUGAAUGUGAUUUUCGACAAGUUACGCCAGGGAUGUGUUGAAAACGACGAGGUACUGGCGCUUGCAGCAGCUCGAGCCGAUGCUGAAGAGGCUUAUGGUAAUCGGUUAAUGGAUAUUCCAUCUCACUUCCAGGUCAAGAAAAAUGGUUUUGGUCGCGAUGAUGGUGCCUCUUUACGAAAAGCAUACGAGGGAAUCAUUGUUGAAAUGGGUACUGAAGGUAAUCAUCAUAUUCAAGUGGCAGAGAAUAUCCGUCGAAUGGUGAUUCUGCCAUUUGGAAAGUGGGCCGAUGACCAUCGUAAGCGAGUAGACUACUCGUCACAUAUCUUGCGAGACAAACUCAAGAGUUAUGAGAGAGAAUUGAGUGAGGUACAGAAGAGCCAGAGAAAGUACUUUAAUAAGUGCAGACUUUUAGAGGAGUCGCGAAAUGAUGAGGAUGUUGUUGCUGACGGCGUUGGUUCUGGUAUCGGCCAUGCCAAUGGACUUAGUGAUACUGCUGGAUUGUCGAGUGUACAAGGUAGUAGAGCUGUCAGCAGUGCAAGCCAUAUAAACUCAGAAAAUGGCACCUCAGCUCCUGGAGUUGGUUCUUCGUCUGCUGAGGUUGCUGGUUCAGGGUCUGGUGAUGCUGGAACUGGCUCGGCUUCUGGAUCAGGUGCUGGUUCGACACCAAUUGUUGGUGGAGCUGCUGUAGCUGGUUCUGAUAAUGUAUCAGAACCUUCGACUCAUGAAGAUCUAGAUGAUGAAGACCCUGUUGAGCUUGCUGAUGAUAUCUACACACCAGAAGAAGCCAAGGUCCUGUUUACUCGAUUACUGGCAGAAGUUCCUCAGAAAUCAGUCAAAGUGCCAAUUCUCGGCACUUAUGAGCAUGUGAGCUCAGGAGAUGCAAUUGUGGCCUGGGUCCAGAUCAAUAUGUCGAAAGACCAUGCCACAUCUUUGGCCAAUGCUGAAAAGUUUGGCCAGAGUCUUAUAAACGAAGGCUUCCUGCGCUUAGUGGGUCAAGUAGGCAGCAAGUUUGUCAAUAGUUCAGUUAUGAACUAUCAAUGGAAGCGUAAAGCUUUCCAAGUAGCCGGUCAGCUAGACAAACUUAGCACUAAUCAACAAUCAGGAGGUAACCUGAUUGCUCCCAUUGUAGGAGAAUACCUGGGAGAGACGAUUAACAAUUACAUUAACAAUCCUCAUGCAGAUGAAACUGCCGAGGAAAGACUUGCUCGAGAGGUCAGUGAGCUCGAUGUGAAGUACAAGCAAUCUGUACAGAAGCUCGAUGAUAUUCGCUGUAACCUGGAAGAAACCGCAGUCGACCACUUGACAUUUAUGGAACGAUGUGAAUUUGAUAGAUUGAAAGCAGUCAAGGCGGUAUUUUUAGAUUUCCUGGCAGCUUUGUCUAAUGUCAUCCCCACUAUCCAAGUAUCUGUGGACAAGUUGCUCCUCUAUCAAGAGACAGUUCAGCCCUCAAAUGAUCUUAGAUAUAUCUUGGAGAGCUAUAGAACUGGAUACUUUCUUCCCCGGGUCACUAUCUACGACAACUACUACAACACCGCCGAAGACCAGAUAUUUGGCGUUGAACUGGAGUACAGAUCCCGUGGAGACAAGAAAAAAGUGCCAUAUAUAGUAUCACACAUUCUCGGGUAUAUGGACUCUAAGUAUCCUGAGAUGGAGAAUGAUCAAGUUCGUCUAUCAGAGUGGGUAGUGAAAGUUCCAUUGAAAAAGACACACGAAAUCCGUAGAGAGCUGAAUUUUGGUGGUGGUACGCCUAAAGAGAUCCGACAAGUCCUGCCCAAAUACGAGGUGUCUGUAGUUGCCAGUGUUCUUAAGCUUUACCUGGUGGAGCUUCCCGACUCUAUUAUUCCUUCGUCACUGUACGAUAUUAUCAAGUCGAUAUAUCAUCAGCAUGGUAAUGACGAAGACCCUCAGGCACGAAUCACUGCUAUCCAGAACACGCUCAUGCAACUGAGAGUUUCGAAUAUUGCUACUCUGGACGCCAUCAUGACCCAUCUGACACGACUAACGACCAUUGCAAAGGCAUCACCAGAAUAUAUUGGGCAACUGGCACAAGAAUUCUCGCACUGUUUGUUGAGACCAAAGACCCAGUCAGCCCUGACUCUUGGAGACAGACAUGCAUACCUCUUAGUAAAGGAUCUUUUGACAUAUAAAGAGAGGAUAUUCAAGGAUCUCAAACGGAACAAUUCAAGUCGCAAGGUGUCUCUAUCACCCUCAGCAUCACUCAGGAGUGGCUAUGGAUCGGCCGAAGUUAGUCGAAGACCCACAUUACAAAAUCGCAUGGACGCACUGACACUCAAAAUCCGCAAAAACGAGCACCGAGCCUCACCUUCAAUGGAGAUCCAACAAAGUGACGAACUACCAGGACACAAUAACGACAGUUUAGAGACCUCCGAAACACCUGUGAAAACCGAGCCAGGCAGCGGCAGUCCCGACGACUCAGCUCACCAACGACCCAGAGUCCCUGUACCUGUCAGGACCGUGGAAACGUCCUCUAACGACGAAGAGGCCACUUUCUACGACACCGAAGAAUCCCCACCACGCCAACCAGCCAAUGCUGCUGGCAGACAGGACGAGAGUCUGACCUCACGCUCCACUGCCCCUACGGAAGGCACUGAGGGUGCUGCCACUCGUCCCAUUGUUAUAGACUAA